AUGGGCACGACCGGAGCCAUGGUUCCUGGGAGCAGAGCCGCGGGGAGCAGGAGUGAGGCCAGGCCAGAGAUCCCAAAGCUGAGGGAUACUUCAGGGAUGCUUGAACACAUCAGGCCUGUUUCUUCCUCCCUGGAGCACAGUUUUGUUCCAGAAGAGGUUUUCCGAAGCCUGGCCUGUGCCAGCAGUUCUCUCUGCAGCCCAGAGUACUUACAGUCCCUGCGAACCACCAAAACCACAAUGGGCUUCAGGGGCUGUCUGCAAACCCCAGAUCGGCUUUGGCAUUAUCCUAAUCGUCGGAGCAAGUUCAGACACCUGACAGACCACCCUGUCAGUUUGACGGGCGCUGGAAGGGAUGUCUCAUACCUGUGUGACAUUGCAGCUGGCCAAGAAGCAAAGAGAGCAGUGACUGAUAAAAACUCUUUUUCUGAGGGCUGUUGGGACCAGAGAGAAAGCCAUGGUACAAUCCCAUAUACUCCUCAAGCAACUCUGGAAGAUAGUCUCGUUCCCAAGGAAUUUCAUAUUGUGAAGAACAGGGGAGUUUUGCCCUUGAAGUACUUUGAUGAUAAAUACACAACACUGCUCAAAGACCGUGAGAAGAAUCUACGGCUAUUCCCAUCCAUCAAACCUUCUGGGAGGUUAGAGGUCAUCCAGCUGAUGGAGAUGAUGGACAGCAUGUUGGAAAAAGCUGGGGUGAACAAAUUAAUCAGCAUAACAGGACCCUCACAGCUGCACAACGCACUGGAGCUGAUGAGGGCGGAGCAGAACAUCUACAACAUCGUUUUCCAUGAGCUGAUUCGACAGGUCAGCGUGGACUGCGUGGAGAGAGGACAGCUGCUUUCAAAGCUCAGGCAGAGGUAUGUGAGUCUUCUGGAGCGGGUCCCUGAACAGAUGAAGACUCUCUAUGCAAAAAUGACAGCACAGCGGAUGGUCAACAGACAUAUUACAGAGGAACUACUGUAUUUUAAAGAAUCUCUUGGACAGCUGUCCAGCGAGCUGCACGAGAUAAGAGAACAUGACCACAAAGUGACUGAAGAAGCAGAAAAAGCUCAAGAGGAGCUCACUGCAACCAUGCAGGAGACUAAGGAGAGUGCAAACCUUUUGGAAGAGUAUCGGGAGUUAUACGAGUUACAGAGAAGACGGCUGGAGGAACAGGUUCUGCUGCUAGCCCAGGAGAGAGACAUUUGGAUCUCUGCUGUAUACGACCUGGCUCUGAAGAUAAUAGACAGAAACCAGCUCACGUUGGUUCACAGGCUCCAUGUUAGUGGAAAGACACUGACCAGCAUUCUCAAGCAUUUCAUAGUCCUCUUGGCCUCAAAGGACACAGAAGACCUCACUGAUCUGCAGGAGGAGACUGAGCAGUUUAAAGAGAAGUUGGGUCACAUUGGAGCAGAAAUAGAGCGUUCUGAGGAGUCCAGCCAGGGGAAACUGCAAAUGGUCUGCAGCACCUUCAACAAGUGGCUUCAGUACUUCCCUAGCAGUGACUUCUCUUCUCCGAUGAAAAAAAAGCUACUGGAUGAAAUCCUACAAGAUAUCAAGGACUUGAUAAAUAUGCUAAAAGAUGACCUGGAGCAGUUUGGAGGGGAGGUGCACCUGAGCAAGACAGAGAGUCUGAAGAAUGCUGCCAUCUUGCAGGAGCACUGGAUGGAGCUAGGACAGAGAGUGCUGAAUCGACACUGGGACUUGGCUGGAGCAUUGCCUCCCCAGCACACUGCCCUGGAAGAAAUAAAACAAAGGGCUUGUGAACUCUACCAGCAAUACAAAAUAAGGAUAAGUGGGAAUAAUGGCACAGCCAGGUUUUUGACAGCCUUGGUGAAGAGUAUGGAAGAUUGGUUAUCCAAGGUGCAAAAGCUAAAGCGAGGUUCUGGCAGGCGCAGAGCUGAGCUGCAGACAUUCUGUCACGCGGUUCCUGCCUGGCUGGCCCAGGUGGAUGCAGUGAUGAGCUGUAUAGGCUCCAGCCAGUUGCAUGAAGCUGGGAAUGAUAAGAAACCACAUCUCCCGGUGGUACUUAAAGAAUUUUUCCAGAUGAUUCAGCAGUGGGUUCUCUCCAUGAAUAAUGAGGUUGAGAAGAACAUCACACAUCUUAAUGAAAAAGUGACUGAACUGCAGCGAAACCUGACCCUGUGGCUGGUGAAUUUGCUGAGGCACAUGACAGCAGACCGUUUGUCCUGGGAGAGUGCCCAGUGGCGAGAAGCAGAUGCCAAGGUGGAUGGGGAGCUCAGACUUCUGAGAGCUCAUAAGCUGCAGCACGAAGCUGAAGAGCUGGUUGUGGACAUGGGCAGGCUCUCAGGUUCUAUAGUCAGCUGCUGCCGUGAGAUUGUCUAUGCAAUCGUUCGAAAGAAACGGUCUGAAAUGGAUUUAGAAGCUGAUUUUGAGCUGGAAGAGCUGAAUAAGUUCAAGACUGAGUGCUGUCAUUGGAUUCAGGUCUGCAGUCUUCUCCUUUCAGGGGUCAAAGGCACUCCAGACUCCUUUCUGGAUUUAGAAAAGCUGAGAAACCUCUUUGGAUCAGAGCUUAAGCUUAAAGACAUAGUCAUUUAUUCGACCCAGGAAGAGCUCGAAGCUGAAGGUGCCAACAGCAGUAGGAAACCCAUAACAGAGGAAGAAACAUUAGAAGUAAAGGAGGAAAUUGCUACUGUGCAGCUGACUGUAGUAGCUCAGCAGCCAGGUGCUGGUGUGGAUCAGCUGACUGAGGACAAUGAAGCUCCUGUAGAUGUGAUCAGAUAUGUAGGACAUGACUCCAACAUCCACCUGAAGUCUCUGAAGUCAGAUACCGUGUCAGUUACAGGGAGGGAGAUGACUGCCUCCAAGUCGUCAACUCCCUUUUCUCAGAAAGAAUUUGAAGCUCUGGCAGUGCUGGAACAUCUGCAAGUGCAGCUCCUAGAAACAGAGAUCCGUGCUCAGAAUGCAGAGGAGAGAUCUGAAAGUCUUGAAGAGAAGCUAGAAGAAGCUCUGCAGAGAAUCAAAGAGCUAGAGAGUGAGCUGGAGAAAGAGGGGAAACUUAUCCCAGAAACAACACACAAAGAGCAAGGUCAGGAGAACUUCCAAGAAGGAGUCUCAGAUGUCUAGGCUUGCUCAAGCACUGAAGCUUCUCCCUCUGGCCAGUCCAAGGGAUCCAGAAAAAGCAAAUAUUAA